GGUUAAAAAGCCCCCAAAGAAUCAGAAGUGCUUUUAAAACUAGACUCAGGUUAUUCACUGCUGGACUACCCGAUAUCUACUAUGUGUGUGUUACACAUGCUGGUUAUACUGUGCAAAUGGGGCAAUUGCUCAUCAGAGCAAAAGUCCCUUUCAAUGGAAAAGGAGCAAAUGUAGCUUUAUUAGAGGGAAGGCAGUAGCCAAGUGAAGCAGCUGGAAUCACACUGAAGUCACUCUGAACUCUGCAGAUCAUUUCAUUCUUCCUUCUGCUACAGAGCUCACGUCCCUGAUUUACGGUGCCUUUUGUUUCAAAGAACUAAGAAAGCUACAACAAGACUUGCAGGCAAACUCUGUAAGAUGAUAUAGCACAUACUGGCCAAAACAGCUUCUUGGAAGAAAGACUGUGAUACUCAUGUAUUUCAAAGAUUGUUUUGAAUCAAGAAAAGAUAUGAAAGUAUGCGUGAAUUUAAUUUUUAAUGACUUCUGAAUAUGUUUAUACACACUUCAAGGAGUUUUAUCCUGUCAGAGAAUGAAAGCAACUCUGCAGCAUGACAUUUGAAGAUUUUGAGAACUAUUCUUAUUUCUACGACCUGUCUGAGGAAGAUGAGUCACCCCAGUCCUCCCUCAGCAUUGCCCAUAUUAUUUCCCUUUUCUUUUACAGUGUGGCAUUUCUGCUGGGAGUGCCAGGUAAUGCCAUUGUCAUCUGGUUUAUGGGCUUUAAAUGGGAUAAAUCUGUUUCUACCCUCUGGUUCCUCAAUCUGGCCAUUGCAGAUUUCAUUUUUGUUCUCUUCUUGCCCCUCUAUAUUACAUAUGUGGCAAUGGGCUUCCACUGGCCUUUUGGGAAGUGGCUCUGCAAAAUGAACUCAUUCAUUGCACUACUUAAUAUGUUUGCCAGUGUUUUCUUCCUGACGUUCAUCAGCCUUGACCGCUACAUCCGCCUUGUCCACCCAGUCUUUUCCUACAAAUAUCGGACUGUAAGGAACACCCUUGUUCUCAGUGGGGUCAUUUGGAUGUCAGCUGCAAUUAUUGGUGGCCCUGCCUUAUACUUUAGAGACACAGCUACGGUUCUGAACAAUGUCACCAUUUGCUACAACAACUUCCAUGUGCACGACAGAGAACUUAUUUUGCUGACACAUCACAUUCUCAUUUGGGUGAGGCUUGCGUUUGGUUACCUCUUCCCUUUAGUGACCAUGGUCAUUUGCUACUCAUUGCUGAUUGUUAAAGUGAAGAAAAGAACUGUAUUGACUUCUAGCAGGCUUUUCUGGACCAUCAUUGCCGUAGUUGUAGCUUUUUUUGUUUGCUGGACACCAUAUCACAUAUUCAGCAUUGUGGAGUUGUCUGCUCACCAUGACGAAAACUUGCAUGACUUACUACAGGAUGGCAUUCCGCUCUCCACUGGCCUUGGUUUCAUCAACAGUUGCCUCAAUCCAAUCCUCUAUGUUCUGAUAAGCAAAAAGUUCCAGGCCCAGGUCAAGACAACAGUCUCUGAGGUGCUAAAACUGGCUCUGUGGGAAGUGAGCCGCUCGGGAACUGUCAGCGAGCAGCUGUGGAGCUCGGACAACAGCCAUGCGCCUGUGCACUAUUGUGAAACUGCCCAGUGACUGUUCUCGUCAACAUCCCCCUCCAGAAGAGAGGGAGAUUUGGAAGUGUUCUUGACUUCACAUCUGACAGUCAGAUAUGCAUCUUUGCAUAUACAGUUUUCUAUAAACAGCUGGCUUAAUUGCACUUGCUGCUUUAAUUGAAAGGUUUUUAACGGACACAUCGUUUGGGUGUGGUGUCCUUGCAAAGCACAUACAGCCUGAGCUGAAAGUUGUCAGCAUAAGUGGAAUUACUCCAACUGGGUUUUUGAUGAGGAAUAUUGUUUUAAUCCCAUUGUUUUGCUAUGGUUCCAUACCUCAUUGAUAUCAAAAGAGUACAUAAUAAAAAUAUUCCUCCUUGCCAUCACUGAUACCUCUCUUGUUUGAGGCAGUCUCAUUCAAGAGGUUGUAGCCAUACAUCAGUGGCCAUGAGUCCCGAUUGCCAAGCGCUGCCUGAAGUAGGAAUCACCUAGCUACUUCCCAGCUAAGUGAAGUGGCUCCCCUCUGCAGCUGGAGAAGGAUCCCAAGACAGAGAACCCUGAAUUGCUGCCUUCUCUUGUCAAAAAAGAAAAAUACGGAAAUAAAAUGUGUCUUCUCCCAAUGCUCUUUAUCUUAUACUCAAAAUUAAGACAGGAGACCCUAUGUUUUCUGGUCACUUAUUCUUGUGCUUUUAGCACUAGCUGGGUGCAAAAUACUGAGCAGAUGUUUCAUACAGGUAUUGGGUUCAUUUGAAAUGUGCAAAGAAUUAGUGAGAAUAUUUCUUACAGAAGCUGAGAUUAAAGGUCCUGUGCCAUACUUCUUUUAAGUUUUUAGGCUUCAAGUGGUUUACAACUAUUGGUUGCUUUUUAUUGCUCUGUCAAGCAAAGAUAAAGAAAUAACAUUUUGUUUGCCUUAAUGUCAAGCUUCAAAAAAUGGGUGUAGUGAAUUCGACAAUAUUCUGUUACAAGUCUGUAGCCAAAUUUCGACUUCAUUGCCAAAUGAGAGGCAAGACAGUUCAUCCAGGAAAUGGAGUCCACUCCCAUAAGAAAGAUGAAGUAGUCCCAGUUAUGCUGUAUUCUGUUCCAACUUGUUGCUUGCUGCAGAAUCACACACACCAAUGCAAGUAUAUAUACAAACAGAUAUGCUAUGUGGAGUGAAUCAAUUUCUGAUGCAAUACCACUUAAUUAAAAAGUUGAAUGUGGGACGAAACUCCACUAAAAGUAAAAGCACAGAGCUUUGGGUAAAUUUGAACUGUUUUUAACUUGCUAUUGGCUUAGGUAUAUAGAAUAAAAUUGCCUUUCAGAUAAUCUACCUAGUUUCUAUGGCCUGCCAACACACAUUAGUAGCAUUUAUACUGUAAUUGAGGCCUUAUAUGUAAAUAGAUUUGCAGUUGUAUAAAAUAUGUAUAUGUAUGCAUUACCACACCCAGUACUGGUAGCUGUACAAAUAGAAACAGUCUGACUGGUCUUUAACUAUUUCUUUGGGCUCUGGUUUCAGAGCCUGGGAGAGUCAGGCAGGGAUCAGUGGAAUUUCAGCGUAUUUCACUUCAGGCUAGAAAGCUGGUAAACAGCACUCUUCCUUUGAGUCAUUUGCUGCCUGGUACAUAGUUACUCAUCAUAAUAUUUUGGCACUGUGCUGCUGAAUAUGCCUAAAUGAAACAUCUUGGAGUUUUUCUUCACAUGUUCCCUGACAUCUUUCUAGGAAUGAUGUACUUUCCUGACUGUAGUCCAAAUGAAGUAAUAAAAUUUUGUUGUUUCCAAA